AUGAACAGCUCUGUGUCCACCCCCCCCAUUGACUUCAGAAUCUACGGCUCUCUGGGUCUGGAUCAGUUUGCACUUGUCGUUUGUGUCUUUGUCUUCUACAUUUCCGGACUGUGUGUGAACGUGGUCCUUGUUGUGGUGGUUUGUGUGGAGUCUCGUCUCCACAGGCCCAUGUACGUGUUGCUGGUGAACCUGUCUCUGAGUGGACUGAUGGGCAGCUCCUCCGUCUGUCCCAUCGUCCUCAGACAUCUCGUGAGCGGCUGCCGGGAAACGUCUCUGACUGGAUGUUUGACACAAGUGUUUUUCACCAACGUGUACGCCGGCUGUAUGUUUUGUAUCUUAGCUCUGAUGGCCUACGACCGGUACGUCUCCAUCUGUAAACCUCUGCUGUACCACUCCAUCAUGACGCCAGUGAAGGUCACACUGAUGCUGACCCUGGUUUAUGUCUCCCUCAGCUGCAGCUCAGCCGUCCAGGUUUACCUGACGUCCUCGAUCCCUCUGUGCGAACACGCGGUGGAUAAACUCAUUUGUGACAGUUUGGUGAUUUCAAAGCUUUCUUGUAAACGGACGACUCUGAUCAGCGUGUUCGGUUUGUGCUGCGCUGUCUGUGUCAUCAUCUUCCCCUGCGUCCUGGUCCUCCUGUCCUACCUCCACAUCUUCAAGGUCACCCUGAGGUCGUCUCCGGAGGGUCGGAGACGAGCGCUGCAGACGUGCGCGCCUCACUUACUCACCUUCCUCAACUUCUCUGUGGCCUCCUUCUUUGGAGUCGUUUCUAGUCGUCUGACUUAUGAAGUUCCAAAAGCUGUGAAUAUUUUCAUCUGUAUGAAUUUCUUUGCCAUCCCUCCUCUGCUCCAUCCCAUAAUUUAUGGUAUCAAAAUGAAAGAGAUCCGGCAAAGUUUAAACAAAAUGAUAAAAGAUAAAAUACUACAACUGCGAGUUUGUCAGGAUUUACGUCAGACUGUCAAAAAGGUUUAG